AAGAGAGAAAAGUCAUUAGAAGUAGUGGAACAGACUUAAAGGAAAGAGUCAAAGGGAAGGAAGGUAGCUGUGAGACCAUUACAAUUAGGUAAAAAGACGCCUGCAAAGAAAGCAAGGUCAGUGAGGACUCCGCUGAACUAAGAAGGAUUUCAGAAGAUGAGUGAAGAUUGUAAGAAGACUAGAGAUGGUAGAGGUUCAAGAGCAAAACAUGAAAUCGGGAUUGCAGUGAAUGGGAAUGGUACACGGACACUGCAAGGAAGGAAGGAGCCUAGUCACUUGCCCAAAGCAGAGGACUCCACUGGAGUCACAGAGUCGCCUUUGAACCGCAAGUGAACUCGAGGGCUGCACUCGCAGCUGAACUCCUGCUGCGGCCGGCGCCCCGCUGCCUCCCUGUUGAAGUCUCCCUCCUCGCCUGCCCUCCCAGGGGAACACAACCCUGGCCCGUCCCACACUGAGCUAGGCAGCAGGAAGCCUAUCUGUCCUCCCCCUUCGGGUGCUAUUUCCUACCCCCACACCACCUCAUCUCCUCUCUUUCUUUUUUCCCCCUCGUUGCCGGUUAGGAGCAUGGUUUUCACGUGAUUUCCCCCCCUUUUUCAUGGACAGUACCUGCACCCUUAGCAGUUCGGAGUUGGCUUCUGUUUUCCGUUAGCGUUUUGCUGCACGGACAAAUGCAUACAAAUGCAUUUAGGAGCCCACAGGACAAGGCGUGGAAAAGUCUCCCCCACCGCAAAAACGAAACUACUUCUUCAUUUUAUUGGGCUAUGUGUAGCUUGGAUUACUGUUCAUGCUCACGAACAAGGCAUAGAUAUUCUUCAUCAACUAGGCCUCGGAGGCAAAGAUGUAAGACACUCAUCAUCAAUGGCUGCUGUACCAUCAUCAUCUACACCAUUACCUCAGGGGGUCCAUUUAAUAGAAUCAGGUGUCAUUUUUAAAAAUGAUGCUUAUAUUGAGUUACCUCUCAUGAAAAUUUUACCAGAAAACUUAGGACAGCCAUUUACAAUAUUAAUUGGGUUACAGUCACAUAAAGUGAAUAAUGCAUUUCUCUUCAGCAUUAGAAAUAAAAAUAGACUGCAAUUAGGAGUACAAUUACUACCAAAAAAAUUAAUAGUAUAUAUUGGAGGAAAGCAGUCUGUAUUUUUCAACUACAGUGUUCAUGAUGAACUAUGGCACUCAUUUGCCAUUACUAUCAGAAACCGAGUUGUCUCAAUGUUUGUUGAGUGUGGAAAGAAAUAUUUUAGCACAGAGACUAUUUCAGAAGUUCAGACUUUUGAUUCUAAUAGUGUGUUUACCUUAGGAAGUAUGAAUAAUAACUCUGUACAUUUUGAAGGAAUAAUAUGUCAGUUGGAUAUUAUUCCUUCUGCAGAAGUAUCUGCAGACUACUGUAGAUACGUGAAACAGCAGUGUCGCCACACGGACAAAUACCAAACUAAAACAAGCCUUCCUCAUACAACUAUCACACCUACUAAGAGACUGGAACACACUCCCUUGCCCAAAGGAUUUGAUGAAAAAAUGCUGUUAGAGAAUACAUUUUAUGAAGGCAGAAGCAUUACAAAUGCCAUAAAUAAUGAUUCUGCAACAGUGCAUAAAAGACCAGAACACCAGGUAUCACAAGCUCAGUUAACUUCUCUACAUUCAGCAAAUGUCUCUGCUGUGGAUCUCACAAACUAUGGGAUUCAAGCCAAAGAAACCAUCACGGAGGAACAUAUUCAAACAAAUUUAAGCCUGUCAAUGACCCAUCAUGGCCUCAGUGAGACAAGAAUGAAUACCAAUGAGAAAUUUAGUUAUCUGCCAAAUGUAUCUGAAAAUAUAACACAACAUGAGGAUGAUACCAUAACUGGUAUAUCACUGUUUAAGAAGAUGUCAUCUAUUCUUCCACAUAAAAGACAAGAUAUAAAUGCUAAUCUCAAGAAGGCGAUCACAGCAAAUCUACACACUAAUGAACUCAUGGAAAUGGAACAGAUUUUAAACACAACUUUAUACAGAGUGACAGAAAAGCCAUCUGUGGAUAAUCACCUUGAUCUAAGGAAGGAAGGUGAAUUUUAUCCUGAUGCUACUUAUCCCAUCGAAAAUAGCUAUGAAACUGAGCUUUAUGAUUAUUAUUAUUAUGAGGAUCUUAAUACAAUGCUUGAAAUGGAGUAUCUAAGAGGGCCAAAAGGGGACACUGGACCUCCCGGUCCACCUGGUCCAGCAGGUAUUCCAGGUCCCUCAGGAAAGAGAGGUCCACGGGGCAUGCCAGGACCACAUGGAAAUCCUGGGUUACCUGGAUUACCAGGUCCAAAGGGCCCCAAAGGAGAUCCUGGAUUUUCCCCUGGUCAAGCUGUUUCUGGAGAAAAGGGUGAUAAAGGCCUUUCUGGAUUAAUAGGACCCCCUGGUUUGCAAGGUGAAAAGGGUCUUAAAGGAUAUCCAGGGCUCCCAGGGCUCCGUGGUGUUCAAGGAAUUCCAGGAGGGAUUGGUAAUAUUGGUUCACAUGGUUACCCUGGCAGGCAGGGUUUAGCUGGACCAGAAGGUAAUCCAGGUCCUAAAGGUAUACGAGGCAUUCCUGGGAUCCGUGGAAAGAAGGGUGUUAAAGGAAGACAGGGUUUUCCAGGUGACUUUGGAGACAGGGGCCCUGCUGGUCUUGAUGGCAGUCCUGGGCUUGUAGGUGGGAUCGGUCCUCCGGGGUUUCCUGGGCUUAGAGGCAAUGUUGGCCCUGUGGGACCGAUUGGACCUUCUGGAAUUCCUGGCCCAAUGGGUCUUUCAGGAAAUAAGGGACUACCUGGAAUCAAAGGUGAUAAGGGUGAACAAGGCAUUGCAGGGGAACCAGGAGAACCAGGAUAUCCUGGAGACAAGGGUACUAUUGGUUUGCCAGGACCACCAGGCAUCAGAGGAAAGCCAGGACCUUCAGGUCAAUCAGGUGACCCAGGACCCAAAGGACCAAUUGGCCCCCCAGGACCAGAGGGUUUUCCAGGAGAUAUUGGGAUUCCUGGACAAAAUGGCCCUGAAGGACCAAAGGGACUCCUUGGAAAUAGAGGGCCUCCUGGGCCUCCUGGUCUCAAAGGAACUCAGGUAUGGAGGAAUGAAUAUCCAGUCAACAGAUUUUAACCUCUGGGAUUACAGGGAAAACCAGGUCGAAAGGGCUAUGUGGGUGAACCAGGACCAGACGGCUUAAAGGGAGAAACAGGAGAUCAAGGAGAUAUUGGAAAAAUUGGUGAAAUGGGACCUGUUGGCUUACCUGGAGAAGUUGGGAUAACUGGAAGCAUUGGUGAAAAGGGAGAGCGUGGAAGUCCAGGCCCACUAGGUCCCCAGGGGGAAAAAGGUGUUAUGGGAUAUCCAGGUCCUCCUGGGGUUCCAGGAUCCAUGGGUCCUUUGGGAUUACCUGGUCAUGUGGGAGCAAGAGGACCACCUGGGAGUCAAGGUCCUAAAGGCCAAAGAGGACCAAGAGGACCAGAUGGUCUCCCAGGAGAACAAGGUAUACAAGGUGUCAAGGGUGAAAAAGGAAAUCAAGGAAAAAGAGGGCCGCAUGGUCUUAUUGGUAAGACUGGAAACCCAGGAGAGAGAGGAGCUCAAGGGAAACCAGGUUUACCCGGACCCUCUGGCAGUACAGGAGACAGGGGACUUGCAGGAGAACCAGGACUUCGAGGAUUGCAAGGUGAUGCUGGACCUCCUGGAGAAAUGGGUGUUGAGGGACCUCCAGGCAUUGAGGGAGAAUCUGGUCUACAAGGCGAACAGGGUACUAAGGGAGAUGUUGGACCUGCGGGCAGUGUUGGAGGACCUGGGGAACCAGGGUUACGAGGUGAACCAGGGGCUCCUGGAGAAGAAGGUCUCCAGGGAAAAGAUGGAUUAAAGGGGACUCCAGGAGAAAGGGGACUUCCUGGAGAAGAUGGAGAAAAAGGAGAGAUGGGCUUACCAGGAACUAUUGGGCCCUUCGGUAGUCAAGGUAGAAUGGGCCUUCCGGGACCCGAAGGAAUGAUAGGAACUCCAGGACAAAGAGGUCGUCCAGGAAAAAAGGGUGAUAAAGGACAAAUAGGACCCACAGGAGAAGUUGGAAGCAGAGGUGCUCCUGGACAAAUUGGGGAAAGUGGUCCUAAGGGUGCCAGAGGAACUAGAGGUGCUGUGGGCCCUUUAGGGCUGAUGGGACUUGAUGGAGAAUCAGGAAUUCCAGGAUAUAUGGGCCAGCAAGGUCCACCAGGACUCUCUGGGCUCCCGGGCCCUAAAGGAGAAAAGGGUUACCCAGGAGAAGAUAGCAAAGUUCAAGGACCACCUGGGCCUCGAGGUGAACCAGGUCCAAUGGGGGAACAAGGAGAGAGAGGAGAGCCUGGAGCAGAGGGAUAUAAGGGUCAUGUGGGUUUACCAGGACUAAGAGGUGCCACAGGUCAACAAGGGCCCCCAGGUGAGCCAGGUGAGCAAGGUGAACAAGGACCAAAAGGAGAGAGAGGAUCUGAAGGUUCUCAGGGAAGAAAAGGAGCUCCCGGUCCUUCUGGGAAACAUGGCAUUCCUGGAUUUCCAGGCCUUCCUGGGCCAAAAGGAAUUCGCGGAUACCAUGGAGCAGAUGGCAUUUCAGGAAACCCUGGAAAAGUUGGGCUACCAGGAAAACAGGGACUUCCUGGCAUCAAAGGCAGUCCAGGAAGAACAGGACUCGCUGGGUCUCCAGGUCCUCGAGGAAUAAAGGGCUCAUCAGGCCUUCCAGGAAGCCCUGGAGUUCCAGGCCCAAAGGGUGAACAAGGGCUCCCUGGUCAACCUGGAGUUCGAGGUAAAAGAGGUCACAGAGGAACACAGGGUGAUCAAGGACCACAUGGAGAGCCUGGUCUGAAAGGGCAACCUGGUGAACAUGGUGAUCAAGGUUUGACAGGUUUCCAAGGAUUCCCAGGCCCCAAAGGUCCUGAGGGAGAUGCUGGCAUUGUUGGAAUAUCAGGUCCUAAAGGUCCUAUUGGGCAGAGAGGAAAUACUGGCCCUCUUGGCAGAGAAGGUAUAAUAGGCCCAACUGGUAGAACUGGACCCAGAGGUGAAAAGGGCUUUAGAGGUGAAACUGGUCCCCAAGGCCCAAGAGGCCAACCAGGGCCUCCAGGGCCACCUGGAGCACCAGGUCCAAAAAAACAAAUGGAUAUCAAUGCUGCUAUUCAAGCCUUGAUUGAAUCAAAUACUGCUCUACAGAUGGAGAGCUACCAGAAUACUGAAGUGACUUUAAUCGACCACAGUACAGAGAUAUUCAAGACCUUGAACUACCUUAGCAAUUUACUACACAGCAUCAAGAAUCCCCUUGGCACAAGAGAUAACCCAGCACGAAUCUGCAAAGAUUUGCUCAACUGUGAACACAAAGUAUCAGAUGGAAAAUAUUGGAUUGAUCCAAAUCUUGGAUGCUCUUCAGAUGCCAUUGAGGUUUUCUGUAAUUUUAGUGCUGGUGGCCAGACAUGCUUAUCUCCUAUUUCUGUGACAAAGCUGGAGUUUGGAGUUGGGAAAGUCCAGAUGAACUUCCUUCAUUUACUGAGCUCAGAAGCCACCCAUAUCAUCACCAUUCACUGUCUAAACACGUGGACAAGUGCACAAACAAGUGACCCAGGACUGCCUAUUCGUUUUAAGGGGUGGAAUGGUCAGAUUUUUAAAGAAAACACUCUACUGGAACCUAAAGUGCUUUCAGAUGACUGCAAGAUUCAAGAUGGAAGUUGGCAUAAGGCAAAAUUCCUUUUUCACACCCAGGAUCCUAAUCAACUUCCAGUGAUUGAAGUUCAAAAACUUCCUCAUCUCAAAACUGAAAGGAAGUAUUACAUUGAAAGCAGUUUUGUGUGCUUUCUCUAAAAUGAAUUAAGGCAGAAUUCGUGAUGUUGGUCAUAAUUGCUGCAGAGGGAAAAACAUAAACAGAAAUAUACUGUCAUUAUGAAAUGCAUGGAAUAAAGGCAUUGGCUAAAUCUUAAAGAAUCUCAGGAAGAAAAGACUUCCUCCUAAGAAGGAGAAAAGGCAUUUUUAGAGGACUAUGAUUGAUAAAGUAUUUAAUUCUUUUAAAAUUUUUAUUGAUCUGAGCUUUCUUUAUAGAAUUCCCUAGAACUGAAAAUUUAUAAACAUGGAAUUCUUCAGGGUAUCCUAUAUUUUUUGACUGAGAGCAAAGUACCCAUUAGACAGCUGGAGAUGCAGAGCACUGUGGAGCAAUACUGGCUAAUGCUCCCAAAUGUGCUAUGCUUCUGUCUAAAAAUUGCAAGCCACAGUCUAAUAUGUCUUAUUUUUCCAAAUACUAAGCUGUAUUCAGGUCCCAAUGGACAUAUACAUCUUAGCCAGUGGUACACUACCUCUUACGUGUUGCCUUUUUGUGUUGCUUGGUGCUCUUUCUAAAACAUGGUGCUUGUGGCUUUCAUGCAGACUGUUUUAUUUCAUUUUUCAUCUUUGUCUUUGAGAGUGUAUGUACUGGUUACAUCAAGAUACGUUUCAAUUGUUAGUAUUUUAAUUUGUUUGGUCACAUACCUAAUAACAAGUAAAGCAAUUAUUUAUGUGAAGUCCUUGUUUUAUUUUAAAAUUCUCUUUGUGCAUAAGGAAUUAAAGCCAAUACAUCAUAACCUGAGCUCACACACAAGAGAAUUGGGAGGUCUCUUUUGUUUUUGUGUUAUUUUAUAAAUUGUUGUAAAAAAUAUUUUAGGCCAUCUACAUCCAAUAGUAGAUUUGGGUUAGAGAUUGGGAGUUGUGAUAUAGUGUUUUAAAAAUCCACGAUCAUCUGGAAUGAUACUUAAUGUAUAUAUAUUUUGUAAAGUUUUAAUUCAGCAAAUCUUUUGAAAUUGCUGCUGUUUUAAAUUAUAGAAAUUAUAUUUCUGCUUUGUAGAAAUUACAUGUCUUUGUAGUGUUUCUUUUACUGUUCUUUAAAUAUAAUGUGUUAGGACUUGAAAGAAUUUAGUUUACCAAUCUUGAAAACAACAUCCAGGAAAAAAAAGUCUUUUCUACUUAAAGUAGGUUCAGCCAGUUCAGUCUUUCCUUGUUAUCAGAGAGAUAUUGGUUCUUAUUAAAAGAAAAAUAUUACACCUCUCGCUAUAUAGAAAAUCUGUUUACCUAUUAUAAAGAUGUUUUUAGCCACAGCAAACCCACACUUACUUAUCUAUAAUAAAAAAUGUGCUUUAAAUCA